ACUCAAACAAUUGGAGCUCGGACCAUAUUUCACAAAGCGCAAGCCACAAUGAAGAGCGUGUAUCCAUAUAUACAAACUCAAGAACAGCUUGAUACUCUUCUGGGUGGAAUCAAGGAACUACAGUAUGUUGAAACAGAGACGAUGAUACGUGAUCCUCCCGCCAUCAACCGGAAAGGCCGCCAUCAGACAGCUCAGCUAACAUCUCAUAUUGAAGGCCCACUGCGCGGCGGAGGGCCCACAAAAAUGGGACGAACGAAACGUCGGAGGUGUGGCUUGUGUAAACAAACAGGUCACAAUCACCAGAUGUGUCCG